UAUUGCAAUAAGUACAACCAACGCAAAAAUAAGGAAUGAUUAAUUGUUACCAACGUAGUAUUUUCAAACUCACUCGUAUAAGAAUCAGAUAAGAAUGAGGUGAAUGGUGCAACGUCACAAUUAACGCAUGCAACAAGUGUCAGUUUUUACUCCAAUUCUACUUAAUAUUCAGUAAAUAUUGUAUAUAUACUUUAAAUCGUUUUACGGAAAGCUAGUUAAAAACAAAAUCAAAAUGGCACGUUAUUUUCGUGAAGAAGAUAUCGAUGAAUUCAGAGAAUGUUUCUACUUGUAUGCUCGUAGUGGACAAAUUCGUACUCUAGAUGAACUGACUAUUAUUAUGCGUUCACUAGGUCUUAGUCCUACAAUAGCUGAAUUGAAUAAAUAUUUGAAAGAUAAAGGUGGUAAAAUGUCCUUCGCUGAUUUUUUAGAAGCGAUGCAUCUCCAGACCAGAGCUGAAGAUUUACCUAAAGAAGUUAUAGAAGCCUUUCAAGCUGCAGAUACUACUAAAACAGGAACAGUUCCUGCUCGACACCUAGCACACAUGCUACUGAGAUGGGGAGAACAAUUGAGCAACAAAGAAGUUGAACAGAUAUUCAGAGAAGCCAAUGUUUCUCUUAAUGGGCAAGUGAAAUAUGAAGACUUUGUUAAAAUUGCUUGUGCACCUGUACCUGAUUAUUAUUGACUUUAAAAGACUGUGGUUUUAUUUCGCUUUGAAACAAA